AUGCCUCAUGUCAUACAGGUGGUUAUACUUGAUGGUGGAAAGAGACGCACGAUAUCAGGGGUCUUGAGUACUAACCCGCUCAAAGCUCUGAAGGAAGUCCCGCAAGAAGAAUUGGAAAAGCUUGAUGUUGAACUUAAUGAUUACGAUGCUGCUUUUCAAGAGCAUAUUACUUUUCGACUUCGUACUGCUCGUACAGAACCUCCACUUGUUGUUCCUGUACAAACUUGUACUCAAUCUACAGGCAUGUCAAUAAAAAAAUUACUGGAUACUUUUACUGUAAACCAUAGGGAUACACAAGAAUUUGAAAAGACUGUUAGACUUAUUCCAAGAGCCAACUUCAAACCAAAAACACUACGCUAUCUCUUGAAGAUCGGCUUUGUUAAAUUACAUCAGAUUGACUAG